CAAAAUCCGCCAGAUGGCGAACAUAUUAUGAACAGUCCUGAACGAUUUGCAUGAGUUAAUUCUGAAUUUAUGAGAAUCAAGAUCAAAGAAUUAUUAUUUAUUUUUGUGAAGAUAACUUGGAUCAAAAUUUUCUGCAGAGAUAAACCUUGACAACUUUUAUUCAGGUAAUAACUUUUCUUAAAGAACAUGACCCGCCUCAGUGACUCACAUUAAUGACUGAAAUAUUUCCUUUAAUCGCCAGAUUAAAACCAAGGAAUCAACUGUUUAAAAACCCCUACUUGAAUAUAUAUAUAUGAACUGUGAUAUAUAAGAAGAAUUCUCAUUUUGUGAAAUUAAUCAUUCGGGCGAUAAAAGGAAUUUUUAAGGAAGAAGCCAAGUUAUGCCCCUUAAAGUUCCUAUUUUUUCACCUAAAAAGCGUCGGGAAAAAAACCAACAGGAAAAGAGUCAAAUAGUCACAAGUGUUCAAUUACAAGGUUCACAUAUGGAUGUAAACUCUGUUCGAAUGUCGAAUCCAAAAUUCGAAAAAAUUGACAUAGGCGACGCCCCCGUUUCCAAUGCUGAAGACUCAAAACUAAAGCAUAAAGAUUCUGUAUUAAGAUCGCCAGUCUUGAGUUUAAGACAAGCGUUAAAUAAAAAACGUGGUCCUCAACAACCAUUAAGAAAGAGGGAUAGUGCCGAACCAAUAUUACAUUUUGGUGACCGAUUCGACGAUUUUACUGUAAAACGUCAAAGUGAUCAAAGUUCUCAAAGCAGUAAUAUCUAUGACAAUGGUGAUUCCGAUUGUGAUACUUUAAAUGAUAGUUCAGGAAGUAUAAAUCUGUAAGUACAAUAUUAGAUUUAUCAUUUUAACGACAUAUUUAUGAUUCUUUCGAUAUUUUCUACCAUAAAAAACCAAACCAUAAUAGUUAUUUUUAAUAAAAUUAAGCUAUAUAUAAAGAAUUUAAACUAUAUAAUCAAUAAACAAAACGUGA